AUGGCGAUGCUUGCGUUCUGCCAUGCUGUUUUGAGAGGGUCAUUACCGGGUAACAAUAUUACUGGUCAAAUUCCUGAACAACUUGGAAAUCUUUCUAGCUUGACCAGUUUGAAUUUGGAAAAUAACCUUCUAUCUGGAAAUAUACCAACUUCUCUUGGCAAGCUUUCUAAACUUCAAAUAUUGAUUUUGAGCAACAACAAUCUCACUGGUGAUAUUCCUGAUUCCCUAUCUAACCUCUCAAACUUAAAUGACAUUCGCCUGGAAUCCAAUCAUUUUAGUGGGCAGAUACCUAAAAGACUCUUUCAAGUUGUUAGAUACAACUUUACAGGUAACAAUCUAAAUUGUGGGGGAAGCUUUUCUUUACCUUGUGCAUCCAAUAUUACUGAUCCUGGAGGAUCUCAUAGUUCAAAUGUUGGAGUAAUUCUUGGAAGCAUUGGAGGUGCAGUAGUGCUCAUUAUUGCUGUGGUUUUCUUUUUACUUUGUAAGGGGAAGAAGAAGGGUCAUCAACCUGAAGUCUUUGUUGAUGUUCCAGGUGAAGAUGAUAGAAGAAUUGCAUUUGGGCAACUUAAAAGAUUUUCAUGGCGUGAACUGCAAAUCGCAACUGACAGCUUCAGUGAAAAAAAUGUUCUUGGACAAGGUGGUUUUGGCAAGGUGUAUAAAGGAGUUCUUAAUGAUAAUACAAAGAUUGCAGUGAAGCGGUUGAUUGAUUAUGAAAGUCCUGGUGGAGAAGCUGCAUUUUUGCGCGAAGUCGAGUUGAUUAGUGUUGCUGUCCAUAGAAACCUUUUACGGUUGAUUGGUUUCUGCACCACACCAACGGAACGGCUUCUGGUGUAUCCUUUUAUGCAAAAUUUAAGUGUUGCCUACUGCUUACGAGAUUUCAAACCUACGGAGCCAGUAUUAGAUUGGCUUACCAGAAAACGAGUUGCUUUAGGCACAGCUCGUGGAUUGGAAUACCUUCACGAGCACUGUAAUCCUAAGAUUAUUCAUCGGGAUGUAAAAGCUGCUAAUGUGUUACUCGAUGAAGACUUUGAAGCUGUUGUUGGAGAUUUUGGCUUAGCUAAACUGGUUGAUGUGAGGAAGACUUCUGUGACAACUCAAGUUCGUGGAACGAUGGGUCAUAUAGCACCUGAAUAUCUAUCCACAGGGAAAUCAUCAGAGAGAACAGAUGUUUUUGGUUAUGGAAUUAUGCUUCUUGAACUUGUGACGGGACAGCGUGCCAUUGAUUUUUCACGAUUGGAGGAAGAAGAUGAUGUAUUACUCCUGGAUCAUGUAAAGAAAUUGGUAAGAGAAAAGCGGCUUGAUUCUAUCAUCGAUCGAAACUUGAAAAAGAACUACAAUGCCGAGGAGGUGGAAAAGAUGAUUCAAGUCGCUCUUCUAUGCACGCAAGCAACACCCGAAGAUCGUCCAACCAUGUCCGAGGUGGUGCGAAUGCUCGAAGGGGAAGGAUUGGCAGAGAGAUGGGAGGAAUGGCAACAGGUUGAGGUCACCAGGAGGCAAGAAUAUGAAAGGCUUCAGAGGAGAUUUGAUUGGGGUGAUGAUUCCGUUAAUAACUUGGAUGCUAUUGAGUUAUCUGGCGGAAGAUGAUGCUUUCCUACAGUUUUCUUUUUCUUUUUUUUGUCAAGAAUGUAUUUUGUGCUUCAAAAUGUGUGCAUUCUACAAUCAGAGGUUUAUUCUUGUUAUGUAUUUGUAUGCUCGUUUCAUUACACAGUAGACGGGCAGAGUUAAUAAAGUGUUGCGGGUUGUAUGUAAGAUGGAAAUAUUUACCGUUUUUGUCCUUCCAUAGAUUAUUACGACCUGCCUCUACACAACUUGAAUUUGUU